AUGACGAUCGAUAAGAGUUGGAUUAGAGAGAACCGAAUGUCUUCAAAAUACUUGGAAUGUCUUAAAAACUUUAUGAAGAUUGUUGAGAAACAUAUCAACUCCAAAGGCAAAGUGUGUUGCCCGUGCAAAACGUGUGUGAAUUCGUAUCGACAUGUUUUGCCUACGCUUUAUGCCCACUUACAUGACAUUGGGUUUAUAGAAACAUAUACUACGUGGAUUCAUCACGGUGAGAAACAUGUCGGUUCUUCGGAUUUAAGCUACAAUUCGACUCCAAGAACAAACAUUCCAGUAAACACGCCCACAAGUAAUGAGAUGUUUGAUGUAAUUGAUGAUGUUUUGGCAGAACAAAAUACAAAUCAAGAAAAUAUAGACGAGGAGGGGCGAGGUAUAGACCCGGAAUUUGAUGAUUUGUUUGAGGAGCUCAAUACCAAGUUAUACCCUGAAUGUAGCGAUAUAUCUGCCUUAAACUUUUUGGCAAAGUUGUUGCAUAUUAAAGUGAUCAAUAGAUGGACAAAUAGUUCGUUUGACCAACUUGUAGAGUUGCUAAGAGUUGUUUUCCCGAAGAGCAAAAUUCCAGCUUCACACUAUGAAGCUAAAAAGAAGUUGAGAAAGAUAGGGUUAGGAUAUCAAUCGAUCCACGCUUGCAAAAAUGAUUGUGCUUUGUUUUGGAAGGAGAACGGUUCAAUGCAGAAUUGCCUGAUUUGUAAAGAGAGUAGAUGGAUGGACACAACUACAAAUGGGAAGAAAGUACCACAAAAAGUGUUGCGGUACUUUCCUUUGACUCCAAGACUUCGAAGAAUGUAUAGCUCCAGAUUCACAGCUAAAGAUAUGAGUUGGCAUAAUACUGGACGCUCAAUAGAUGGUAUGAUGUAUCAUCCGGUUGAUGGGAAGUCAUGGCAAGAUUUUGAUCAAAGAUAUCCAGAGUUUGCUAAAGAACCUAGAAAUGUUCUUCUAGGUUUGGCUGCUAAUGGCUUCAAUCCAUUCGGCAACUUCAAUAGUACUUAUAGUACUUGGCCGGUUAUAUUAACUACCUAUAAUACACCACCUUGGAUAUGUAUAAAAGAGUCUUCUUUCAUGCUAACUUUGCUAAUUCCUGGACCUAAAUCACCAUCAAAGGACAUUGAUGUUUUCUUGAGGCCUUUGGUGGAUGAGUUGAAAAUGUUAUGGGCCGAAGGAGUCCAAAUGAGAGAUGCAUCAACCAACACCGUAUUCAACAUGCGUGCGAUGUUGUUAUGGACUAUCAAUGAUUUUCCAGCACGUGGAAGUUUGUCUGGAUGGAGUGGUCAAGGUUAUUUAGCAUGUCCUACUUGUAACGCAGACAUUGUUGGGUUUUGA